AUGGCCACCGUCCUGCAGAGCAGCCCGCCCGGGCAAGGCCACGACCGGUUCGAUCACACCAACAAUUUAGACCUGCGCAAAGUGCUGCCGCCCAAGCAGGAUGGUGUGGACGGCAGCAGCGGCACAAUCCCCGACAUCACCCCCUUCCAGAAGAUGCUGUCCGCAACGACGGGAAGUCUGUUGACUGGCCUGACAAUGACACCGCUCGACGUCGUCCGAGUGCGCUGGCAAUCCCAGAGCCUGAGCCAACAGCAGCACGCCCCGACAUUAACAGCCGAACCUCAGCACUUCGCCCUCAAGUCCCGCGAGAUGUUCAGGCCUCCCGCGAACCUCGGCGUGACCUCGUGCUGUAGGGAGGUCUUCUUCAUGAACAAUAAUGCCGAAGUCUGUGUCGUCGGCCCUCACAUCGAUGGACCGGCGAGGGCAGACUGCGCAGUGCAGGAGACGCAAAAGAAGACAUUCACGUCCACACUCGAUGGCAUGCGCAAGAUCGCCAGGAACGAGGGAUUCUUCACACUGUGGAGAGGCUUAUCGCCCACGCUGCUCAUGGCCAUCCCGGCCAACAUGAUCUACUUCCCAGGAUACGAAUGGUUAAGAUACGACAAGAGAAGCCCUGUUGCUAGUAUGAACGCCAAUUACGCGCCUCUCGUGGCUGGUAUCCUCGCGCGCGUCGUCGCCGCCACGGCCAUCGGGCCGAUGGAGCUCUUCCGAACAAGACUGCAAGCCUCUCACGGGGACACGGCCACGAGCCACGUCAAGGACACUCUCAACAGCAUGCGGUCACAGCUGAAGACGCAUGGCUAUCGUUCAUUAUGGAGGGGCCUCAGCCUGACGUUGUGGAGGGACGUGCCCUUCUCUGGGAUGUACUGGUGGGGCUACGAGACGAUACGGGGGAAGCUUAUAGACGCCAGGGAGCGCAGCAAGGGACGGACUGUGGCUGGCGGUCCCAGGGCCCGGCGGAUGUCACAGAGCCACGAGAACCACCGCGAGACCUUUGUGGACAGCUUCCUUGCAGGGUCCCUGUCAGGGGCGUUUGCCUGCAUCGCAACCAUGCCUUUCGAUGUCGGCAAGACGCGCACCCAAGUGUACAACGAGAGCGGAAGGAGCGUGGCGGGCGAAGCUGUGAAGAGAGGCGCGGCACCCGAGGAGCAGACGAUGGUUCGCCUCCUGCAGCACAUUGUACGGACGGAGGGACCCUCCGGCCUGUUCAGAGGAUGGCUGCCGCGUGUGGCGAAAGUGGCACCGGCGUGUGCGAUCAUGAUCAGCAGCUUCGAGAUGGGCAAGAAGGUCUUCCGGGACGUCAAUGAGCGGUCGUCAGAAAGGCAGAAGGAGCUCGAUGUUGAGUAA